AUGGACCACGCCCAAUCUUUUGAACAAGAUAAUAAACCUACUGCCAAUGAAGGACAUUUGAAUAUAUGUGAUAACAAUGAACUUUAAAAAAAUGGUAGUCAAACAAGAAGAGCUUGGUCACUCAAAGAAGACAAUUAACUCAAAUAGGCUAUAAAAAUACACAGCACCAAUUGGUUAUUAGUAGCUUAGUAAUUACAAAAUCGAAAUCCUUCUUAAUGUGCUUAGAGAUGGAAAAGAAUCAAGCCAUAUAAUGUAUAUAUGUUAUGUAUAUUAUUAAGUAUAAUAUUCGCAAACCAUGGACCAAUAAGGAAGACUAGCUACUAUUGAAAUUAGUACAAGUACAUAAGAAAAAUUGGGUUUAAAUAGCCAAAUGUAUACCUAAUCGUACUAGUAAGCAAGUUAGGGAAAGAUUUGUAAAUAAAUUAAAUCCAGAGAUAAAUUAAGAACCUUUUACAAAAGAAGAAGAUAUGAUUAUAGUAGAAGGCUAUAAAAGCUUUGGAUCAAAAUGGUGCAAGAUAUCUAAAUUAUUAUAAGGAAGGCCUGUAUAAAUUAUAAAUAGUUAUUUUUAGGAAAACAUAAUAAAAAACAGAUAUUAUUCAUAUAUUCGAAAGCGUUAUUUUAAUAUUGAGAAUCCAUAUUAUGUGAUUCCAUAGCCAAACAAUGAAUUAUAAAAGUUUAACCAAGAGGAAUAUAUAAAUAAUAAGUAAAAGUCAAUAGUAAAAAGGAAAAUAGAGAAAUCAAAAAUUCGAAAAAGAUUUACAGUAUUAUUAUUUUAAUUUAUAAUAAGAAAUUGGUAAAUAUUGAAUAGGAUGAAUAAAAAAUAACAAAUAAUAAUAAAGUUAAUGAAUAAUAAUUGGAUAUAGAAAAAGUGAGGUUAUAAGUGACUACAAUUGAAGAAAAUAAACAAAUAAAUAAUAAACUAAAUUUUAGUAUAUAUAAAUUCAUUAAUAUAGUUUAAUUACAAGAAUAAGAUGACUUAGGGGUCUUACAGAAUGAAUAAAUAAUAAAAGAAGAACUCUCGAAUAACUAAAGUUAAGUUAAAUAAGAAGCAGAUUAAGAUUAAGUUGGAAAAUUGGAUCAAUUAUAAGAGAGUUUGAAUCUUUCUCAAAGCUGCUAUGCUCCUUUUCCAUUAAUUUAUAAUACAGUCUAACCGUAUAAAAUGAUGUAUUUUUUAACACCAUAAAUACCUAUGCCAUUUAUUCCUUAGUAUUACAUAAAUGGACCAUUUGUCUAAUAUGGAGUGUAAAGCUAAGAAACUUUGCUUUCUAAAUCAUAAGAGAUACAAUAAAAAAGUCAAUAAUUAUGA